UCACAACCGGAAGAGAAAAGAGGACGUAACGUCAAGUCCCGACAUGUUGAUUCCUCCGCCCGUCGGAAAAAACAAGAAGAACUUGAUUUAGCUCGCGCCACACGUCAAGAGAAGCAACAAAUGCUUCGUGAGGCAAAGAAGAAGGAGAUACAGAGAAAAGCAAGUUUAGCAGUUAAGAAAAAUCGGACGGAGGAUGAUGUUCUUGCAGAAUGUCGGACAAAGCGUGGUGAAGACUUGUCUAUAUACCAAUCGGAUGAAGAGGAGGAGGAGGAGGAUGAUGAUGAUAAUGAAGAAGAUAACCUAGAACAAGAUGAGCGUGGAGAAGAACGUGGAGAAGAAGAUGAUGAUGUUGACGAAGAAGAUGAGGGUGCCAAUGGUGAAAACAAGGCGAGGAUGAAGGCGACAAACGGGCACAAGAAGAAGGAAGUGAUUCACACUCGAG